UCCCUAUUAUAAUUCUAAAUUCUAUCAUUAACUUUCAAGUAUCAAACCACUUUCAAAUCAGGCAGUAACCAACAACGCUAGGUACCUACCUAGGUAGUUUCCAAGCCCCUGUUCGGGUAUCCGCGGGGGCCCGACUAUAACUUGGCAGCUACUGUAUGUACUAUCAAAUUUACCCCUGAACAUAAAUAAAAUCCACAAAAACCUCCAUCUUGCUUCUACAUACACAAUUCCCUUAAAAAAAACCACAAUUACUCUUGACUCUAACCUUCAAAAUGGCGGAUAUUGUGAAUUCUACGAUAAGCGCAAGCUCGGAAACGCCUUCACACCCCUACUAUCCUCUGGGCGUUGUAAUCGCCGACUACGCGGCCAAGACCCUCUCGACGCAGGAGAUUCUAGCCAUCUUCACGACGACAUGCAUCUGCAUCCUCGGUCCGACGUGGUUCUACCUGCGUUACGCGCGGCCUAACCUCCCGCUUAGCGACGUCUUCACGACGCUGUGGUUUGUCCUGUGCGGGUUCAUCCACCUCGGCUUAGAAGGUUACUUCGCGCUGCACGCACGCGACAUAGCCAGCCGGUCAGCCGUGCUCGCGCAGCUCUGGAAGGAAUACUCCCUCUCCGACUCGCGGUACCUCACGGCGGAUACCUUCGUAGUCUGUAUGGAGACAGUAACAGCCGUGUUCUGGGGCCCGCUAUCAUUCGCGAUCGCGUGGUGCAUCGCAGCCGAGCACCCGCUACGCCACCCGCUGCAGUCCAUCGUCAGCCUGGGCCAGCUCUACGGCGACGUGCUGUACUACGGUACCUGCACGGUCGACUUCAUCGCGUUCGGGCGCGAGUACUCGCGCCCCGAGCUCGAGUACUUCUGGGGGUACUACGUUUUCCUGAAUGCGUUCUGGAUCGUGAUUCCGCUGUGUCUGAUUGUGAGCAGCGCGCGUGAGACGGCGAGGGCUUUUGCGGAAGUGCAGGGGAGCGAGAAGGCUGAGAAAACGAAGUAAGGCUUGGUGGGAUGUUGUACAAUACGUACCUGACGUAUCGCUGUACGGUUGUGAUUGUGGGGAUAAUCAGCUUAGUAUAGAUGAGAAAGAGUAUAGAUGAGAAAGCCUGUUUCAUUAUUCUGGCACCUUUUUGGUACGGGUUUACCAAACAUUAUACCUUAGGUUAGGUACUCAAUAUUAAUACCUACUCCUAUGUAUUAAC